AUGCCCCGGGUCACCUCACUGCUGUCUGCCCUGCUGUUCGUUCUCCUGCCGGGCUCGAGCUGGGGAUAUUUCCCCGAGGAGCGCUGGAGCCCCGAGUCUCCGCUCCUCGCUCCCCGGGUCGUCGUCGCGCUGGUCUGCCGCAACUCGGCGCACUCUCUGCCGCUGUUCCUCGGAGCCAUUGAGCGUCUCAACUACCCGAAGGACCGCAUUGCGCUGUGGGUGGCGACAGAUCACAACAUAGAUAACACCACAGCCAUCCUGAGAGACUGGCUUGUCAAGGUGCAGAAUGACUAUCACUAUGUGGAGUGGAGACCUGAAGAUGAACCUAGUUCCUUUGAAGACGAGGUGGGGCCUAAGCACUGGAAUAAUCUCCGUUAUGAACACGUAAUGAAGCUCCGCCAGGCAGCGUUGGAGACCGCCCGUGAGAUCUGGGCCGACUACCUGCUGGUGGCUGACUGUGACAACCUGCUCACAAAUACGGACAUCUUGUGGAAACUGAUGAGUGAAAACAAGACUAUUGUAGCGCCAAUGCUGGAGUCCAGAGCCGCAUACUCUAACUUCUGGUGCGGGAUGACUUCACAGGGUUACUACAAGCGUACACCAGCCUACAUGCCUAUCCGUAAGCAGGAGCGUCUUGGCUGUUUUGCCGUACCAAUGGUCCACUCCACCUACCUAGUGGACCUACAGAAAGAUGCCUCCCGUGAGCUGGCUUUUUAUCCACCACACCCUGAGUACAGCUGGACCCUGGAUGAUGUCAUCAUCUUUGCCUACUCAGCUCGCAUGGCAGGUGUGCAGAUGUACGUGUGCAACAAAGAGACUUAUGGGUUUUUCCCAGUUCCAAUGCGCUCCCACGGCACCCUACAGGAUGAGGCGGAGAGCUUCGUGCAUACUCAGCUUGAGGUCAUGGUGAAAAAUCCUCCACUGGAGCCCUCCAGCUUCCUGUCUCUUCCUCCCAAGCAGCCUAACAAGAUGGGCUUUGAUGAGGUGUUUAUGAUAAAUCUGGUGCGGAGAUCUGACCGUCGCGAGCGAAUGCUAAGAACUCUGUAUGAGCAGCAGCUCAGCUGUAAGGUUGUUGCCGCUGUGGAUGGCAAAGCUCUGAACAAGACUGAUAUAGAGUCUAUGAGGAUUAAGAUGCUGCCGGGUUACAAAGACCCUUAUCAUGGUCGGCCUCUCACCAAAGGUGAACUGGGUUGUUUCCUCUCUCAUUACAACAUCUGGAAGGAGAUAGUAGAUCGUGGUCUGCAGACCUCCCUGGUCAUCGAGGACGACCUCCGCUUCGAGGUGUUCUUCAAGCGGCGUCUCCAGACGCUGCUGCAGGAGGUGACGACACACAAGCUGGACUGGGAUCUCAUUUACAUCGGGCGGAAGCGGAUGCAGGUGGACCACCAAGAGAAGUCUGUACCAAACAUCCACAAUCUGGUGGAGGCAGACUACUCCUACUGGACACUCGGCUACAUGUUGUCAUUACAAGGAGCCCAGAAGCUCCUCGGGGCCGAACCUCUGACCAAGUUGCUACCGGUCGAUGAGUUCCUCCCUGUCAUGUACAACAAACAUCCAGUUUCAGAGUACAUGGACCACUUUGGGAGUCGGGACCUGCGCGCGUUUUCUGCCGAGCCGCUUCUGGUGUAUCCGACCCAUUACACGGGAGACCAGGGCUACAUCAGUGACACGGAAACAUCGGUUGUGUGGGACAACGAGACUGUCAAAACCGACUGGGACCGAGCCAAGUCGAGGAAAACUCAGGAGCAAGGGGAGCUGAGCUUUGAGGCCCAGAACUCCGACGUACUGCAGUCUGAACUGGAGAACUGGAGCACACGGGACGAGCUGUGAUGAAGAAGAGAGGACGUGAGGAGGAGACAUUGAGAGAACUCUUGCAAACAGAGAUAAGAAUGAGGGAGAUAGAACACAGCUGUGAUAGUGGAGGAAAAAGAGUAGAUGGAUACAGGGACGGUGAGGGACAAAUGUGCAUUUCUCUCUCCACUCUUUGAUCUUUCUCUUAAGAGAUGAGGCGUAGAUGCGUAGAAGAGUCAGCUAGCAGCUUUUGUUUUAUUUAUUGCAUCCAACGCCCAUCCUUUGACACCAGCCUGGAUCCAUGUUUUAAAUAUUUUGCCCAGAUUUAUCCCAUACAUACAUUU